GAAAAUUCUUGAUACGAUCGCAUACACGUCGCAGUUGGUAGGAAUAGACAAAACGGAAUCAGCAAAUUUUCCUCGUCUUAACCAAACACAGCUUUCCUAGUGCUUACGUGUCAACAUUUUCCACAGGCCCUCUUCAUCUACGCAGGAAUUUUGUUCCUCUCGUGGGCCACCCUUUCCGAUCUCAAUGUCAAAGCCCAAAACCACCCAUCGAACAACAGAUCUCUUUUUGUCUUGUCUAAAGGCCCACGAAAUCCUAAUUUCGAACACCACGCGCAAUUUGCGCGUGGUAACAAGUUUUAUUGUCCCUUUUAUAUCUACCUGUUUCAUGAGAUACCGUACUUUUCUUUCCUUUUCCCCCCUUUUCUGUAUUAGCGCGAAGCAUUUUUUUUUUCUUUUCAAUUCGGCCUUUUUAUUUUUAGCUUUAUACUUUGCGUUGCUUUUGAGCAACAAGAAAAUCAUUAAAACAAAGCUAAAUCACAAUACUGUUUCGUAAGCUCAUGAGCGGCAUCAUCAGGAGCAGCAGCAGCAACAAAAACAACCCUCCACCCACUGCUGUCUUCUUCACCAUCUGAUGAAUCGAGGAGAUCGUAGCCGUUCAUUCCUUCGACUUUGCAGGCAGAACCAUGGACCCCCAUGCAUGGCAAGGGCAAACUCAAUCCUCUUCUUUCUCUGUUUCUUCUCGUUGUCAACGCAAAGCCAAACGAUCCCUGCUCCACCGCCACCGUCGAAUUCCUACGACCCUAGCGGACCCAAAUUCAACCCAUCAAUGGCGAUAGUGAUGGUGAUUUUAGUGACGGCGUUUUUCUUCAUAGGAUUUUUUUCUGUUUACAUCAGGCAGUGCGCCGAAAGAAGGAUGCGUGGCGGGAACUGGGAUGCCUCUGUAAAUUUCGGGAGGCGCUCGAGGAGGUUGACGCGUGGGCUCGACGCGUCGGUGAUCGAGUCUUUCCCGACGUUUCUUUACUCGAUGGUCAAAGGACUCAAGAUCGGAAAUGACACGCUCGAGUGCGCCGUUUGCUUGAACGAGUUUGAAGACGACGAAACUCUGCGUUUGAUUCCUAAAUGCAGCCACGUGUUUCAUCCCGAUUGUAUCGACGCUUGGCUCUUGUCACAUUCCACGUGUCCCGUUUGCCGCGCCAAUUUGGCUCCAAAACCCGGUGAGGACAUCAGCUGCCCCACGGUCCAAGCAUACGGUUCGGAAUUAGAGCUCGAAAACCGACCCGACAACAAUAAUGCCAGAGAUGAAAUGAGUCGGACCGAGGCUGUUAAUCAGAGAAGGGAUGUAGAAUCUCCCGAUGUGAAUUUAGUAAAUUCAAACACGCCGAUAAUUCAGAACAGGCCGCCAAGGUCACGGUCGACGGGAUGGAUGUUGACCCGGUUGUUUCCGCGGUCUCACUCGACGGGUCACUUGCUGGUUCAGCCGGGUGAGAAUUGUGAGCGGUUUACGCUAAGGUUACCGGAGGAUGUACGGAGCCAGUUGAUGAACUCGAAUUUUAGCCGUUCUAAUAGUUGCGUGGCGUUCCCCAGAGCGAGGAGUUCGAGAAGGGGUUAUAGGAGUAGGAGUUUAGGGAGGAAUUACGAGAGGUUCGAUCGGCCGGAUCGGUGGGGUCUCACUAUCACUCCUCCGUUUUUUUCUAGAACAGGAUCGCUUAGGUCACCAAAACCGGUGGCCGGUACUGGUGGGGAUGGUGAUGAGGCAUUGGCUAAUCCGGUGAAGGGUUUGUUUAAAUCCAUUAAAUCGCCGUUUGAUCGUCUGUUUAUUGGUGGGGAGGCGAACUUGGGUGAACAAUCAUCGGACAGGCUCCGGCCUGAGAGUCAAGUUUAGUAGUUUUUUGGGUUUUGAGGUUUGACCGACUCAAUUUAUGUGUACAUAAGUGGUUUUUUCCUUCUUAUUUUUUUCCCCAUUUUCAUUUUUAAUUUUUUCUUACCUAUUUAAAUUACAAUUUCUUUUGAUUUAAUCUUGGGCGUUAUAGAUUGGAUAUGCUUUAUUAUAGGAAAAAUGCCAGAUACUUCAUACCCACACUUAGCCGGCUAAUGAGCAAAGUGAUGUUGUACCGAUAUAUAUGUUGAACACUAGCAGCACCAUUCAAAAAAGACAGCUUGUCGGCUAUAAAGGCCAGAAGGGUUUAAGGUAUUUGGAUAAUUGAUUUAUUUUUUCUUUUUUUGGAAACAUGUUUGAUUCCACUUAGGUCAAAAGUUUGUACAAGUGAGUGUUGAGAGGGAAUUAGGGACGAAUUCACUUUCUACUUUCUGCUGAUAAGUGGGGUGCACAAGGAUGUAUCAUUAAUCUCUGCUUUUAUUAUUAUUUAAGAUUAAAUGUCUACUUGAUUAA